AUGACCACGGCAGGGCUCUUGGUGCUCCUCUCCUUCGCGCUGUGCUGCGUCCCAGAUACUGCCUUUGGGAUUGAGGUGGACUGCAGCACAUAUCCCAACACCACGAACGAGGAGGGCAAGGAGGUGCUGGUCUGCAGCGAGGCCGUCAGCCCCAUCUGCGGCUCCGACGGCGUCACCUACGGCAACGAGUGCCUGCUCUGUGCCUACAACGCAGAAUAUGGAACCAAUGUCAGCAAAGACCACGACGGAGAGUGCAAGGAAGUUGCCCCUGUGGAUUGCAGCAAGUACCCCAACUCAACCACUGAGGAUGGCAAAGUGGUGCUGCUGUGCCACAAAGACCUCAACCCCGUCUGCGGGACCGACUGGGUCACCUACAACAACGAGUGCCUGCUCUGCUCCAGGAGCCUGGAGGCUGGAGCCAGUGUUGGCAAGAAGGCUGAUGGUGAAUGUAAGAAGGAAAUUGUCACAGUUGACUGCAGUGACUACCCCAAACCUGUCUGCUCACUUGACUACAUGCCUCUCUGUGGCUCUGACAACACAACAUACAACAAUAAGUGUAUCUUCUGCAACGCAGUCGUGGACAGCAAUGGGACUAUCACUUUAAGCCAUUUUGGAAAAUGCUGA